AGCGGGGGGAAUCAUGACGACCUGACCAAUGGGAUCCGUCUUAUGUUAAUAAGUCAAGGUCGUUUGCCGUGCUUACUAAAGAGCGAAGAAAGAGUGCCGCUGUACGAAGGAAGUGGAUUGCAAACGCACCCGUGGAUUUUGCAAUAAAAAGCUCGAGUAGGCUAUACUUUAGAAGGAAACGUGACUUCAAGCGCCGCAAACUCCUCUGAUGCCUGCCUGCCUCUUUGAACACCCGGAUAUUUGCGCUCUGCCACUUCGGAGUGGAGGCUAGAAGAAAACGGUCGGAAUGAAGCACAAAAACCUAAUGGCUAAAGCCUUGUAUGACAACGUGCCCGAGUCACCGGAGGAGCUGUCCUUCCGGAAGGGUGACAUACUGACGGUCAUCGAACAGAACACUGGUGGCCUGGAGGGCUGGUGGCUGUGCUCCUUGCACGGACGACAAGGCAUCGCCCCUGGCAACCGCCUCAAGCUCCUCAUUGGACCCAUGUUUGAGAGCCAAAGUCCCCUGAGCUCGGCGGCACAGUCUCCACUUCAGAACGUUGUGAGCCCUACUGCUGGUGGCUUUGAGCAGAACACUCUGAUGUCUCCGCCGUACCAGGGGGUGACUGCAACCAGAAUGGGGAAUUCCAGCAACUCUAGUUCUGUAAUGCAGCCACCGCAGGGCAUUUAUGAUGUUCCUACUGCCAUGAAGCAACAGGGGAUAUAUGACGUACCCCAAGGGAAUCAUGCAGGGAAAUCUUGCCAGGCACUUUACGACGUCCCUCCACUGUUGCGGUCGGACAGCAGGCGGCAGCAGGGCGUCUAUGAUGUUCCCCUCUCAUCUCAAGGGCUUUACUCGGUGCCUUCCUGUCGAAGUGACCCAGUGGCGGGGGAGGAGAGCAGCUACGACUUCCCACAGCCACACAAGCGGAAGCAAGAGACGAUUUAUGACGCCCCUCCACCUUCUUCCCAUUGCAAAGCCACACAAUUCCCCCCGCUCUCCACCAUCCUCCCCGAUGCGGGCGCAGCCUCUCAUCACCGUUAUCGCGGCGGGCCGGAUGACAACAGCAUUUACGACGUUCCACCUGGUGGUCAGCUGUCUUCAGUGGGGGCCGAGGCACGCAGAGACUUGUACGACAUUCCCUGUGACGUUCAAUCGCCCCCACAGAACAGACUGGCGUCAUCGACUGAGCGCGAGCGACGAGUUGGCCACCUUGCCAUCUACGACCAAGUGCCAAGUCGUGAUACGCCACCACGGUUGCCAGGUGACGUGACCGACAACAUGAGCCGCCUAUCAUUUUCCAGCGUGGGCAGCAGCGCCCGUGGCAGCAGCAGCAUGUCCAGCUCCUCCUCCUCUGCAGCUGGCUCGCCCCCUGAGCCUCGGCUUGCGCUAGACCUGGACUCGGCCGUCCAGAGGCUAGGUCAGCUGCGGCUGGCGGUGGAGUCCUCUAGCGCCGCCCUGGUGGAGCUGGUCUCCUCAGCACACUGGAGGACCACAACCAUGACACUCCCUUUCAUGGAGCGCCACGCCAAAGAGGUCCAGACAGCCUUGGAGAUGGUUCGCGGAGCUCUCAACGACCUGUUGCUGUUUGGCCGUGGCGCCAUGGGCAACGCUGCAGCGCUCCCGGACCCGACUCUCUAUGGCAAGCUCAGGCGGCAGCUGUUGAAGCUGGAGGAUUCGCAGCUUCUACUCCAGCAGGCGCAACAGCACCAGGAUCUGGACAUGUGCAGAUGGACGUCACAACAGCAUGUGCUUUCAGGUGGGGGCAGUAGCAGCAGCAAGCACCAGGGUAAGAAUGAGGACUUGGACCGUUUCGUAAUAGUAUCGCGCACGGCGGCGGAUGACGCCAGGCAGCUAGCCUCCACAAUUGGCGGGAGUGCCGAGUUGCUCUUCACUCGGUCGUCAGCCGUCGGGGAGGGCACACUCUGCAAGGGCACAAGGGAGGAGUGUGUGGGCGUCAUACACCCUCUCAGACACAACCACACGGAUUACAACUGCAACAAUGAGAUGAGGAGGCCUUUCCCGGUGGCAGCAGAGAAGGCCAACAUGAACAACAGUGAGAAGUGCAUCAAGAGCUGGAUGGAGGACUACGAUUAUGUCCAUUUGCAGGGCAAAGAGGAGUUUGAGCAGCACCAGAGGCAACUGUUAGAUAAGGAGAACAUUACGAAACAGAAGGUCCAGCUGGAACAGGAACAGCUCGACAAGUUGAGACGACUGGAGGAGGAAGUGAUCAGACCGGUGGAAAAUGACGUCACUCGGUGGAUAGCCAAUCACCAUCACUCUGCUGGCUCCUCCUCUGCACGCUCUGACUCCUCUUCUUCCUCGUCAGCGGGGGGCGGAGCUGACCGUCAGCUUUUGGGUUUCUAUGCCGACCAAUGCGAACAGCACUUUGACACACUUCUCAGUGCCAUCGAUGCCUUCUUUAGCUGUGUGGCUGCCGGACAGCCGCCUCGCAUUUUUGUCGCUCACAGCAAGUUCGUGAUCCUCAGCGCACACAAGUUGGUCUUCGUCGGAGACUCCCUCUCGCGUCAGGCCAGUGCACUUGAUGUGGCCAAUCGCAUCAUGAACUCCAGCAACGCUCUGUGUGACUUGCUGAAGACGGUGGUGGCGGCCACUAAGAGAGCUGCUCUCAUCUAUCCAAACACGCUAGCUGUGCAGGAAAUGGUGGACCGAGUCGCCCAGCUGUCUCAUGAGGGACAAAGGUUCAAGACACAACUCCAUCAGAUGGCUGCAAUGUAAACAUGUCCCCUCACUGUCUUUAAAAUAAUACACGCGAUCAAAAGCUGUGCUUUAGAAUUGUUAAUUGUAUAUAAAUGUUUUCUGGAAUGUAAAUUAUUUGCCAUAUUUUUAUGUUUAGACUGUUUUAUAUGGUCACUCAAGAUGAUGCACAUAACUAAUGAGUACAUCCCCUUUUGAAAAGUAAAAUUUUUGACAAUAUUUCAGUAAACACACAAGUUAUUUUCAAAAUGUGCUUAGAGCAAGUUCAAUACAACAUCCGUGAAGCUUGCCACGGAAAAGUAUGUUUAAUUAUAUGACGCCACCGUAAACGAGACAUAGGUUCCCCAUCCCUGUUCUAACCCCAAUUGAAAUGUUUUCAGUAGAGAUUGGAUUUAUGUAGCCAGGCUGUGCCCUCCUAGUGACGAGGUCACGUGCUUAAAAUGAAUGAAAAAUGAACGAAAUAACGGUAGAGUGGCUCCCCCAGCUGUGAUCCGGUUCCCAUCGUUCACUUCUGGGAGCCGCUCAAAAGAAUCGGCUCGUUCGCUAACGUCGCACCACUAGUUUUCAGAGAGCACAUGCACCUCCGCCCUCUGGUGGACAGAAAUACACACGCACUGCGAACGACGAACGCAGAAACAUACUUGGCGGAGGUAGUAACUUUGUGUUUAUUAGUCUUGCACCGAUACCCUUUUUUGGCCCCGAUACAGUACCCGAUACCUGGCUGUGCAGUAUCGGCCGAUACCGAUACCGAUACCACCCUAUUUGAAAUGUAUAUGAAGGGCUGCAGUGCAUACUACUUGGAUGUAAAAUCAUUGCAUGGCUUUGUCAGGCUUCUGCCUACCUCUGUGAAUCAGAAAAAAGACUAAUACAAAGUGAAUCCAGAAAAACUGUUUAUACUUUUUAAAUGCCUCUAUGAAAUAACUGUUUAAGGGUCAUACAAGCACCUGUAAAUGGUAUCGGUGCCCUAUUUGUUGGUACUCGCCGAUACCGAUACCACCAUUUUAGUGCCGAUCCACCGAUACUGGUAUCGGUAUCAGUGCAACACUAGUGUUUAUUUCAAUAUUGUUCAAGAUGUUCUUUUUCAAAAGGGGUGUACACAUUAAUGAUGUGCACUGUAGGAUAAUGAAAUAAAAAUAUUAAAUAAAAAAUGAAAUGCUUUUUU